UGGGGGUGGAAAAAUGACAUUUGUUUUGUAUUUCGUAAAUAUUUGGAAGUGUCCGCAAAACAAUCACUUAUUUUUGUUUAUAUAUAUAUUCAAAUGAUUAUUGACAAAUAUUUGAAUAAAUUUUUAUAUUUGACCAAUAAAUAGAAGAUUAAUCAGUUAAUUAGAAUAUUUUUAAAUCAGUGUUUACGUUAUACUCGAAGGUAAAAGGAGAAAUUAAAAAACGAUAACAAAACAAAAUAAAUAAAAGGAAAAAAUGUUGGAAGUCACUUGUAACGAUCGUUUGGGAAAGAAAGUUCGCGUUAAAUGCAAUGGUACGGACACAAUAGGAGAUUUAAAAAAAUUAAUUGCCGCACAAACUGGCACACGUUGGGACAAAAUUGUACUCAAAAAAUGGUACACUAUAUUCAAAGAUCACAUUCAACUUCAAGACUAUGAAAUUCACGACGGAAUGAAUUUGGAACUGUACUAUCAAUAAAUUGCUAUAUCUAAGAAAUUAAAUAUAUUUUAUUCUUAAUUAUAA